AUGUCAACCUCGAUGCCAAGCCCUUAUGGACCCUACCCUAUAGUGGAGCUCAACUUCAAAUGUGUUUUUCUUCGAGAUCCUUUCUCGUAUAACCAUGGUAUCAAAUUCACAUUCAAAGAUCAAGAUUUUUCUGGAAUGACAUACUCUGAGUGUAUCACCUUUCUUGAGCGGUUCAUGCAAGAAAGUAUCAAGAAGCUAUACUACUGUGAGUCAGGUAAGCCCUUAUUAUAUGGGAUAACUAUUAUUCGUAACGAUGGAGAUUAUGCGACUUUCAUUUUUGAUGCUUUUGGACCCGAUGUUUAUAUUUCCCUAUAUGUGGACCAUGAUGGUCAAGGAAUUGAGGAUUGGUUUGGCUUUGAGAUAGAAACAGAAAAAGAAGAUGGUGACGAUUCAUGCAUUGAUGGUGGUGCAAAUGAAAACAAAAUUGAUAACCUUAACGAUGUGGAUGUGGAAUUUAAUGAGGAUAUGGUCACUAUGAACAGAACACAAGGUGAUGAGUUUAUGAAUAAAUUACGUGCUGAAGAGGAAGAGAGAAAUGAUAACAACAUAGAUGAUGAUGGGGGUGAAGAGGAGGAAAAUGUAACUCAACAACAUUCGAUUUUUAAUGAGUCAACUCCAUGGAAAAAAUAG